AUGGAGGCCCUUCCCAUAGACCAGGGGCUGAAACUGGACAUUGCUGUGCCCUUUUUGGGCAGCUUCCGGCCGUUUGUUGGGCGUUGCUGUCAGAAAUGUACUCCUAAGAGCUGGGAGUCGCUCUUUCAUAAGCACUUGACCUCUCUGGGAUUCUGCAAUGUGAUCAAGAUAACAGAGGAGAACACAAGGUACAGAGGCUGGCUGGUCAGGAGACUUUGCCUGUGGCUCGCUGCCUGCGACUGGAAGCUUCCCGCGGAACCCCCCCAGGAUCUCCGGCAGCGCAUCUUCCACAACGAGAGAGUACAAGCGUUUGUGUCUUGCAAGGGGCAAGGGGAUGCACCGGCCACGGACAAAUCCGUAGAACAGUGGAUGAGAGAAAUCCAGAGAAUCCUGAGCCAAAUGCAAGCCUCUCUCUCCCCUUUCCUACUAAGGCUCGGCCUCUGGGCUCUGCUGAAACUCCUCAGCUGGGCGUUCCUCCGCGUGGUGGCCCACAGGGGGCAGCUGGAGAUGGUGCGCAGGGCCACACGAGCGCCUGAUGUUCCGGUGGUCUUCCUGGCAACCCAUAAAUCUCAGCUGGAUGGCCCGCUGCUUCAGCUGCUCUUGGCGUCUCAGGGCUUGCCCAUGCCCCGGGUGGCUUGGGAGCACAGAGCUGUCGGUCCAAAGUUCAGGGCCCUGCUGACUCGCUUGGGAGGGGUGUGCCUGCCGCAAGACGGGGCGCUGCCCUCGGGGCACGAGCAGGGAGCGCUCUCCAGAGCCGUCCUGGCUGCGUAUGUCCAGGAGCUGCUUCGGAACAAGGCGCCGUUGCUGAUCUUCUUGGAGGAGGCCUCCUCCGGCGUGCGGCAGCUCUCCGCGUCGGGCAGGGAGUGGCUGAGCCUGGUGGUUGGCGCUUUCCAGGCAGGGGCCGUUCCUGAUCUCACCGUCGUUCCCCUCGGAGUCUCCUACGACAGAGUCCCCGACUUGAUUUACAGGGGGCAAGUGACCACGCAGAGCGGUUGGGCCUGGCUGUCCCUCUUCAGAGCAGCUUGCCGAGGAUUUGGCUGUGUCCGUGUGGAUUUCGCUCAGCCCUUCUCCUUGCAGGAGUACAGCGAAAGCAACUUCUGCAGACCAAGCUGCUCGAGAAAACGCCUGGAGGAAGUCCUCUUGCCAGAAGUGCUCGGCAAACGCACACUGGAUUGUGACGCGCUGGAGCAGCGGUGGUUCUUGGGCCUCCAAAGUGCUGCCGUGCCAGACGUGGAACCAGGCCUGGUGGACAGCUUGAGCCUCCAUUCUCUGAGCGCUGGCGUCUCCUGCUCUGCCAUCACGGCUGUGCCCAUCAUGUCUGCCCUUCUGCUGCAUAAACAUCAGGAGGGAGUCUUCCUUUCCCGCCUGAUGCAGGACUUCGCCUGGCUCACGGAGGAGGUUCUGCUGCGCAGCUUCGAUGUGGGCUUCUCCGGGCGCGUGUGGGAUGUGGUGCAGCACACGCUUCUCCUCUUGCAGCCCUGCCUGCGCCUGCACCGCCUUUCGCUGGGGGACGUCCUGGUGGCCCCCAAGAGGACCGAGGCUGCCGUGACGGAGCUGAGCCGGCACAGCGCUGCCCUCCUGCCAGUUUUCCUCCCAGAAGCGGUGGGGGCCUGUGCGGUUAAUGCCCUCCUGGUGGAGCUGCUGCCCUUCCUGGGAAGCCCCGAGCAGCUUAGAGAUGUCGUCGUGGUCCAGCAGGAACUUCACAGCAAGAUCCUUCUGCUGGUUCAGCUGCUGCCCAAAGAUUUCCUCCUGUGCCAGCCGUGUCAGUCGGUGUAUUCCUACUGCCAGGUUGUGGUGGACAAGCUGAUCCAGUGUGGGGUGCUGGUGGCAGAAGAGGUGCCCAGCGACCGCUCGGCAUGCGACGCGGCCCAGAAGCGCUUCACGGAGAAGCUGCUCUGGAAGGCAUCGGACGACUUCGGCGACAGUGACAGUGACUGUGGCGACGAGGCUGAAAGGCGCUGCUUCAAAAUCAGCCAGCUGGAAAAUUAUGGCAAACUCUUUGCGUUCCUUUGCUGCCUCCUGUCCCCUUUGCUGAAGGCCUUGGGCAGAGCUGCCGACUUCCUGGGGGACCUGGAGCGCCCGCAACCAGAGUCCCAGUACCUGGAGAAGCUGCACCAGUUCCUGCUGAGGCGGGCAGCCGAGGACGAUUCGUUCGAAUGCGCCGGUCGGGCCCUGGCUUCCGUUGCCGUCCGGAUCUACAAGGACCUGGGGGUGCUGUGGGAAGACGUGGUGCCGGUGGAGCCCAUGCUCCACCUCUCGGAGGAGUUCACUGAUCCAGAGAACCGAGAGAAAGUGGAGAAAUUCAUAGAGCAGUUUAUCUACAGCUAA